AGCAGCUGUCACUGGUCACGUGACUCGGUAAAAUGGCGUCCUGAUGCGUUGGGCACCGCCAUGUAAACAAUUUUUGAAGAAUACGACAUAGUACACUUGGUUUUCAAGAUAAUCACAUCUAGUUAGUGAUAAUAAGGUACACAGUGGAGAUAGAGAAGGUUUGUUAUGAGGGUUGUGACUGAGCCAUCAGAGGAGAGGGGGGAUAAUAAAUUUUAAGGUAGGGGAAAAGAUUUGGCAAAUAAUUUAUUUUUUUGGGAGAAUAAAGAACAACGGCACGAUGACUUCACGAACAAAGUCCAAGAAGGAGGAGGAGAAGAAGAGGCAAGAAGAGGAGGCAGCUGCUCAGGCCUAUGAAGAAUUUGUUGCAACGUUUGAAGAAACACCAGUACAAAAGGGAAAAGUGUGGGUCAAAGCAGGAACCUUUGAUGCUGGCUCAAGAAAGGAAGACACAAAGGAGAAGGGCAAACUCUAUAAACCAACAUCGAAGCUGGCUGAGUUAGCUGAAAAGUUCUCGAGUGCAGAAAAAGCUGCCCAGUACUCCAACCUCAGAGUAGAUCGAGACAAGCCAGACAAACCUGGGAAAAAGAAGGAAAAGGAAAAGAAGAAGAAGAGUAAUCUUGAGCUGUUUAAAGAAGAGCUGAAAAUGAUUCAAGAAGAGCGAGCCGAGCGCCAUCGUAUUAAAAAUAUGUACCAGACACGGGAAUCUGGAAAGAGCAGUCGAUUUGAAGCAGCAGAACCCAAAAUUCCAGGAUUUCUUGAUGAUCCCAAAAUUGGAAGUUUUGACCCCGGAGACCCAACAACAACUAAUUUAUAUCUCGGAAACCUAAGUCCCAAGAUCACUGAACAGCGUCUAAUGGAAUUGUUUGGACGAUAUGGCCCUUUAGCUUCCAUAAAGAUCAUGUGGCCAAGAACAGAUGAUGAAAGAAAUAGAGGUCGAAAUUGUGGUUUUGUAGCUUUUAUGAACCGGAAAGAUGGAGAACGAGCAUUGUCAGCUCUUAAUGGCAAAGAUAUUGAUGGGUUUGAGAUGAAACUUGGUUGGGGGAAGGCUGUUCCCAUACCACUCCACCCAAUAUACAUCCCUCCAGCUCUUGUUGAGUUAACUUUACCACCGCCGCCCUCUGGUCUACCCUUCAAUUCCCAGCCUGAUAAGCGAGAUAGAGAUAAGGUCCCACCAGUAGGCGCCCCACUUCCUACAGAGGGAGAAAAGAAAGAGGAAAUGGACAAGAUUUUACAAAGGGCUGUUGUCAAAGUGGUUAUCCCAACAGAAAGAUCGUUACUACAACUUAUUCACCGCACCAUAGAGUUUAUUAUACGUGAGGGACCAAUGUUUGAGGCCAUGAUAAUGAACAGGGAAAUUAAUAAUCCAGAAUUCAGAUUCCUGUUCGAGAAUCAAGGUCCUGCUCACGUUUACUACCGGUGGAAACUGUUUUCCAUGUUGCAGGGGGAUUCCCCUAACAGAUGGUCCACCAGACCUUUUAGAAUGUUUAAAAAUGGUUCAAUAUGGAAGCCACCCCCACUCAACCCAUUUUUGCAAGGAAUGCCAGAAGAGCUCAUAAAGAUGGAGGAGGAGGAGGAAGACAAAAACAAGAAAGGUUCUUUGUCUAAUGCACAAAGGGGCCGACUUGAAUCUAUGAUACGUACUAUGACACCGGAGAGAGAGAAGGUGGGAGAAGCAAUGGUUUGGUGUAUUGAACAUGCAGAUGCAGCUGAAGAGAUCUGUCAGUGCCUUACAGAGGCUCUCACAAGCAACAGCACAGCUAUGCCUAAAAAGAUUUCAAGAUUAUACCUCGUCUCAGAUAUUCUACAUAAUUGCAGUGUAAAAGUUUCAAAUGCCUCAUUCUAUAGAAAAGGAUUUCAGGCCAAACUAGCAGAAAUAUUUGAAGGCCUCCACAUAGCAUAUAAUCUAGUGGAGUCACGGCUUCGAGCAGAGCAAGUGAAGCAACGUAUAAUGCAGUGUUGCCGGGCCUGGGAAGACUGGGCCAUUUAUCCUCAUGAGUUCCUAAUCCAUCUUCAAAACCUGUUCUUAGGCCUUGUGAAAAGAGAACCUAAGAUGGAAUUGGAAGAAGAGAUGAUGCAUGCUGUUGUUGAAGCAGUGCAGAUCCAAGUAGAUGAUGUGGACGGCAUCCCUAUAGAUGACGUUGAUGGUAUACCCAUCAAAGAUGAAGAGAAGGAAGACAUAGAUGGUGUACCAAUUUCCAAUUCACCCUUAAUAAAGAGUGCUGCUAUUUCUGCCCUCCUAGGAUAUGAUGAUGAUGAUGAUGAAGAUGACAUUGAUGGUGCUCCUCUUGACCGCUACACAGCGUCAACUAUCCACCAAAGUCGACUAUCCGCGGGAGGUCUGUCCCCAACCUCCGCGGAUAGUAGAGAAUCUACUGUAUUAAGAGCAAUAAUGGAUGAUGAUGAUGUUGGUGGUGUGGAUGGCAUCCCCUUGAAGGGUGCCAUAGCUGCUGAUAAUGGUCCUGGUCCAGGAUUUGUUUCUUCUAAGUGGGAAAGUGUAAGCCCCAAGCGUGUUCAAGCCCAGGCCGUUACAACUUCAAAAUGGGAAGUAGUGGAGGCCAACCAAAGUGAAGAUGAGGGAGCAGAUGGCUCUGACAGUACCCCGGUGUAUGAUAAUUCUGGUACACAUACUCAGCAUAGUCAAAAUAGUCAUGAUGAAGAUGACCUUGAUGGGAUUCCACUUGUAUAUGAUGAUUAUAAGAGGAAGACUAAAGACUCAUCUGAAGAUGACUCUCAGUCACAGGACAACACUUCAGAUUACUCGGAAGAUUCUAGAGGAUUUGACAGACUCCAAGGGGAUGUGAGUGAGGAAAGAAGGGCACGACUUCGUGAUGUAGAAGUGAGAGUGGUGCAGUACCAAGAUGAAUUGGAACAGGGCCUCCGUUCUCUCAAACCUGGAUACUCCAUCCAUCGUCAAGUUGCUCAUUAUCGCCACAAAAUGAUGAGAAAGAUUGAGAGAGAGGAAGGUAGUGAACGAAGGCACCACCGACACCGAAGUCGCAGCUCAUCGCCGGAGGAGAGACGACCCACAAAACGUUCAAGAUCACCACACAAGUCUCAUCACCGCACUCACUCAAGAUCUCCAAGUUCAAGAAGACACAGGUCACGGUCUCCAAGAAAACGAAGAUCACACACCAGUUCUCCUCCCCGAAAGCACAAGAAAAAGAGUCGACAUUAGGGAUUUCUUGUUGUGUGGAGUUUUUAUUUAUGUUACUUGCUGCCAUGUUUUAAAUUAAAAAAAAAUUGAGUCUCAUUUUGUGACUUUUUGAGGGUACCAAGCCAUGAUCUACACUUCCAGCUGAACUUCUGGUAUGGCAGUUAUAUACAAUUAUACUUUUUUUUCAGAAUUGAAGUACACAGUUACUGUCAAAUUAUAAAGAUUGUCCUGUUAAUAAAUAUUUGACCAUAA